AUGGAUACUGAACGAUCCUCAUCAACGAAUUCAAACACCUCCCGCGACCAAGAAUUGCUACCAUGUAACUCCAAGCUCGACCCAGAAAAGGCUCCGCUCGAAGAUGACUUGCCGCCUAUUGAUGGCGGUUUCCACGCGUGGAUGUUCCUAGCGGCGUCCACCAUGAUUGAGGCGCUGGUGUGGGGAUUCGCGUUCUCGUUUGGCGUUUUUGAGAGCUAUUAUCGGGAUAGUGACUUACUGAAGGGUUCACAUAUGGUUGCCAUUAUUGGGACCUGUGCCACGGGCGUCGCAUAUUUGAGCUGCCCUGUAGUAAUCGUCAUCAUGAUUCUUCUACCUCGAUACGCUAGAUGGUUCUCCACGGCGGGCUGUAUAUUAAUGUGCUUAUCACUAGCCAUGGGCUCAUUUUCCACAAACACCACACACCUCGUUCUCUCGCAAGGCGUCGGCUUCGGAAUCGGUGGCUGUAUAGCCUACAGCCCAUCAAUAAUGUUCAUGUCAGAAUGGUUUGACAAGCGCAGAGGACUCGCCUUCGGAAUGGUCUGGGCAGGAUCAGGCGUGUCCGGCAUAUUAUUCCCACUCGUGCUAGGAAAAUUAUUGGACAGGUUCGGAUUCGCGACAACGUUGAGAAUAUGCUCGGUCUUGCUAUUCGUGCUUGCCGCUCCGUUCUUAUACUUCCACAGACCGCGACUUCCGAUCUCGAAGAAUAUUGCUCAUCACCGAUUUAACGUCAGAUUCUUGCGGAAUCCUGUCUUUCUUAUGUAUCAGGCUUGUAAUGCGCUUGAGGCUUUCGGAUUUUUCUUACCGGCUAUUUAUCUACCGACUUUUGCGCGCUCGAUUGGUGCUUCGGAGUUGCCUGCUUCUUUGACUGUGACGGCGUACAACCUGGCGUCAGUCUUCGGGAGUAUAUCUAUGGGGCAUCUGUCUGAUCGUUGUCAUGCUUUGAGGUGCAUUACGAUAUCUACUAUUGGGACUGUGAUUUCGAUUUUCUUGCUGUGGGGUUUUUCCACCAACAUCGCAGUCCUGAUGGUGUUCUCCGUUUCAUAUGGAAUUUUCGCCGGGAGUUACUCAGCAACUUGGUCGGGGAUGAUACGGGAGAUCCAAAAAGUGGAUGCCAGGUCUGACGCAACUAUCGUGUUCUCAGUCAUUGCAUUUGGACGGGGGAUUGGGAAUGUUGUCAGUGGGCCAUUCAGCGAGUUUCUGCUCCGUGUUGAUGACUGGCAGGGGCAAGCGGCUGGAGCAUAUGGUACUGGGUAUGGGCUUCUCAUUGUUUGUACAGGCCUUACUGCCUUGGCAAGUGGCAUGUGUUUGUUUGCACGCUAUUUCAAAUGUAUAAAGGCUGCUUAA